AUGAAUGCUGAAGUAAUCAGCUGUAUUGAAACGGAAAAACUUAUCAAACCAAGCGUAUACGUAAGGGAACUACAAGAUCGUUUGUUACACGACGGAGUAGUUCAUCUCCUGGACCUGCCGUCGAAGUCUGCCAUAUCAAGGUGUAUCAGGGAGGAUCUCUACAUGACAAAAAAGAAAAUACAGCAAAUACCAUUAGAAUCACAAAGGAGUGGCAAUAUCCAUCGUCGAAAUGAAUUCCUUGAAACAAUAUCCGACUUGGAACCAGGCUCAGUUCACUGUUUUGACGAGAGUAGUGUUGUGAAAACGACUUGUAACCGAAAAUACGGAAAUGCACCCAGAGACUUUAUGAAUGUACUCGAAGGUCCGUCCAAUGGCCUAGAGCUCCUGUUAUUUUUCCAGGAAGCAGUUAAUCUCAUAAGAGCAGAUGGAUGGGCUGUGCAAGAGAGAGGCGAUACAGUAAUAAUGGACAACUGUGGUUUCCACCAUGGUCACUUCGUGGAGCCUAUUCUUACUGCUUUGCUGGACAAUUGA